GUAAAGUAGGGUGGAAAUGAAAAUGAAUCCUGUAAAGAAUCCAUAUUCGUCUUUUAAAUAUCUGCAAACACGUCUCCAUUCACCACAGGUUACAGCACAGUAGCGACGAAGAAAAACUAUCUCAAGGUACCGGAAUGGCGCUUGACGUGCCCCCAUGCGUUUCUGCCCGGGCCAAUCAAAGCGCUGGAAUUCAUAAUCCAAGGGAGAACAGCCAUGUAAGUUUUUUUUCCCUCCCCGUCGAUGGAUUUGGAGGCUUUCUUGGGUUCCGUAUAAAAGAGCAAGUGUGUCUCCCGUUUCAAAACAUUUUACCAAGCAGACACCAUCGACAAACAAGUGUUUUUUUGUUGUUUUAUUAAUUUAUUUGUACCACAAUGCCAGCUCCAUACAAGAAGGGUUCCGAGAAGAAGGGUGCUACUCUUUUCAAGACCAGAUGUCUCCAAUGUCACACCGUUGAGGCUGGUGGUGCCCACAAGGUUGGUCCAAACUUGCACGGUGUCUUUGGCCGUGCUUCUGGUCAAGCUGCUGGUUACUCUUACACUGAUGCCAACAUCAAGAAGGCCGUUGUGUGGACCGAGCAAACCAUGUCUGACUACUUGGAGAACCCAAAGAAGUACAUUCCAGGUACCAAGAUGGCCUUUGGUGGUUUGAAGAAGGAGAAGGACAGAAACGAUUUGGUUACUUACUUGGCUAGCGCUUGUAAGUAGAUUUGAGUCCUUUUGGAACCCCGAAAAGAUGAAAAUUUAAAGAAAACCAUACUAUACACAUACAUUCUUCAACUUUAACGACGUGUUACGCAAUAUAAUGUUCUAUUGAGAGAAGGAAAUCGUGAUGUGAUUUCUUCUACUUUUGUUUUUCCAUUUUUCUGUUCCGUUGUGCUUCUUUCUUUUCUUUGAUUGUUUUGUCUCAGUUCUCUAUGUGAUGUGCUUGGGUCACAGGAUGCCCGUGUUUGAUAGAUGGCAUUCUGUUGUAUCGUUGUCACAUUUACAGCUCAGUUUUGUAUAUAUUUUGUUUGAACUUGAAUCACCUUGUAAAGAAAAGAGAGAGAGGAGUAAGGAAUGGGGGAAAAGAUUAUGGGAUAAAUGACAUGUUUAUUAUCGACUUUCUAUCUAUUCAAGACA